AUCCGGUAAUCUGCGCUGUCUGCUCCCCCUUCUUUUGCCCCUCUGCAACUUCUCGGCCAAUUUCUCUCUCUUCGUCAACUUCCAGUCGAUCAUUCAUCCAGACGAGGCAACCCGUUCUGCUGCUUCUCAUCAUGCAAACACUGCAGGUUUUGUUUUCUGGCCUUUGGUCGCUCUCCAGUCUGAAACAUUUCGAAAUUGCUCCCAGUUGACCAGCCUUUUAAUCUUCCAACUGCUUACACUCCUUUAAGCUCGCUGCUUUGGACAAUCGUGACAUUAUCAACCGCAGGAACGAUUCGAAUGAAACAGGACACAAGACGAUAGACUGCGAUGGCCGAUACCUUGAAGCGAAACGCGACUUGGGGUGAGACUGCUGGCACGGUUUUUCACUCCAAGUUUCCCGCCUCUGAGAAAGAACCUUCGUCGCCUGUAUCACGCCAAUCGAUGGAUAGAGCUAGUACUCUCGUCGAUUUUCGAGCUGGGAGUCCCCGGCCACCAGGAUAUGAGGAUGACGAUGACAUAGCAAGUUUGGAGUUCAGAGAGAGCGCAAAGGAGAGAGAAGAAUAUCCCGAAUCAUGGAAGCUGGUCUUUAUCACCAUCGGGUUAUGUCUUUGCGUGUUUUGCACGGCAUUGGACAACACGAUCAUGGCCACUGCUGUUCCCAAGAUUACGGACCAAUUCAACUCCCUGGCGGAUGUGGGCUGGUAUGGUAGCGCCUAUCUCUUGACGACAUGCUCCCUGACCCUCAUGUUUGGCAAGCUAUAUACCUUCUACUCCAUCAAGUGGAUUUAUCUGAUUGCUCUGUGCAUCUUUGAGCUGGGCUCAUUCAUCUGCGGAGUGACACCAAACUCGCUUGGAUUGAUUCUCGGACGUGCCGUUGCGGGCCUGGGCGGCGCUGGUCUCUUCUCCGGAUCGAUUCUCAUCAUCAGGCAGACGGUACCACUUCAGCAACGACCUAUCUAUACUGGGCUGAUGACAUCGAUGUUCGGAAUGGCCGGUGUUGUCGGUCCAUUGAUUGGAGGUGCCUUGACUGAUCACGUAUCGUGGAGAUGGUGCUUCUAUAUCAAUCUGCCCAUUGGUGCGGUGACUGCGUUGUUCAUCAUGACCUUCUUCAAGGCACCCAAAUGUAUCAAAGAGAGAACCAGUUUGAGAGCACAGCUGGCAUGUCUUGAUCUCCCAGGUACUAUAUUUUUCUUGCCCGCGAUCGUCUGCGUUUUGCUCGCGCUGCAAUGGGGCGGUGUUGAGUAUGCUUGGAAUGAUGUACGGAUGGUUGUCCUAUUCGUCCUCUUCGGCGUUCUCAUCUCUAUCUUCAUGGGCAUACAGGUGUGGCAAGGAGAAAAUGCUACAGUUCCUCCGCGACUGAUCAGGAACCGUAACGUGUGGGGGUCUGCCUUUUUCACUUUCUGUUUAGGAGCUGCGUUCUUUAUCUGCACCUACUAUCUUCCCAUUUGGUUCCAGGCCAUCAAGGGCGCAUCAGCAACCAAGUCAGGUAUCAUGAAUCUCCCUAUGAUUCUCGCAGUCGUCAUUUGCUCUGUCCUCUCCGGUUAUCUCGUCUCCGCGAUAGGCUACUACACGCCGUUUAUGAUCGUCUCGUCAGUCCUAGUAUCAAUCGGUGGCGGGCUGCUUACAACCCUCCAGGUUGAUUCCGGAUACGCCACAUGGAUCGGAUACCAAGCCCUCUUUGGCAUUGGAGUCGGCUUCGGCGCCCUGCAACCGUUCAUGGUCACACAGACAGCCCUCGCCGCCGGCGAUAUUCCCAUCGCAACAGCCUUCAUGAUGUUCUCGCAGGGCCUUGGAGGCGCCAUCUUCGUAUCCGUCGGCCAAAACGUCUUCACCAACGAACUCGUCAAAAACGUCACUACAUACGCACCAACAGUCGAUGCCGCAAAGGUGGCACACACAGGCGCAACCAUGCUCCGAGACGUCGUCGCGCCAGAAGCCCUCCAUUCUGUCCUGCGCGCGUACGACGAAGCCAUCACCAAUGCGUUCUACGUGGGUGUUGCCAUCAGCGUCAUCUCCCUAUAUGGCCCACUCUUCGUCGAAUGGAUUUCCGUCCGAGGACGAAAAAUUGAGCCACCGACUGUUUAGACGCAAAGAUCUUGACUCGAGACUUUCUUGUAUUCAUUUCUCACAUAAACAACCCCUUUGUAUGUACUUUAUCUAGCGUAUAUAUCAAAAUCAAGCCUCGUGUCAAGACUCAUCCAUAAGAAGUGAUAAAAAACUGAAUUGCAAAGACGAACAUCUAUGGGAAUCAACAAGAGAAUGAAAGAUAUCAAAGGUUAAACAGCAGCAUAAAGGCUUAAAUAAACACCCCAAAUCACUCCACACGCACUCCCAAACACCACCCGUCUAUCAACCGGGACAACCGUAUACAACAGCGUCGACACGAUAGGCCGAUACUUGAGCCGGGCAAUCAUGAUCGGACGAAAGUCCUGCUAAAGUCAGUCUGACAAUUCACAUCCCAGCAAACACAUGAUAUGAUAUAAGUGAAGAUAGAAAGAAAGAAAACACACCUCACAAACCAACUCCCAAGCCCUCCCCCACCCAC